GAUCAAUGAACUCAGUCAUGUCCAAAUACCUAUUAUGUUAAUGCCCGAUGACUUCAAAGCUUAUUCGAAAAUCAAGGUGGACAAUCACCUUUUUAACAAAGAAAAUAUGCCCAGUCACUUUAAGUUUAAGGAAUAUUGCCCCAUGGUCUUCCGUAAUCUGAGAGAGAGGUUUGGAAUCGAUGAUCAAGAUUUUCAGAACUCCCUGACAAGAUGUGCUCCUCUAGCCAAUGACUCCCAAGCACGCAGUGGUGCACGCUUCCAUACUUCCUGCGACAAGAGGUAUAUCAUCAAAACUAUUACAAGUGAAGAUGUGGCAGAGAUGCACAACAUCCUGAAGAAGUAUCACCAGUUCAUUGUGGAGUGCCAUGGGAACACGCUCCUCCCUCAGUUCCUGGGCAUGUACCGGUUAAAUGUAGAUGGAGUAGAGACAUACAUGAUUGUCACAAGGAACGUCUUUAGUCACCGUCUAUCUGUGUAUAGGAAAUAUUUUUCCUAGGGCUCCACUGUGGCAAGAGAAGCAAGUGACAAAGAAAAGGCCAAAGAGCUGCCAACGUACAAAGAUAAUGAUUUUAUAAAUGAUGGUCAGAAAAUCUACAUUGAUGAGAACAACAAAAAGAUGUUUCAGGAGAAACUAAAGAAAGAUGUUGAGUUUUUGGCUCAGUUGAAGCUUAUGGAUUACAGCCUGCUGGUGGGAAUCCACGAUGUGGAGAGGGCCGAGCAGGAGGAUGUGGAGAGCGAGGACAAUGAAGGAGAAGAAGAGGGUGAAAGUGAUGGGACGCACCCCGUAGGCACUCCUCCGGAUAGCCCGGGGAACACACUGAACAGUACAAAGCCUCUCCUUCCUGGGGAGUUCGACCCAACUAUUGACGUAUAUGGAAUUAAAAGCCAUGACAAUGCACCCAGGAAGGAAGUCUAUUUCAUGGCCAUUAUUGACAUAUUAACUCACUAUGAUGCAAAAAAGAAGGCGGCUCAUGCGGCAAAAACUGUUAAACAUGGAGCAGGUGCAGAGAUCUCCACUGUUAAUCCAGAGCAGUAUUCUAAGCGUUUCUUGGACUUUAUUAACAACAUCCUGACGUAA